GCAUGCAAUGCCACGUGGCGCUUAUGGAAAAAUCAUUGUGGCGGGAAUUCGAUUCGCAGUGUAAUGAGAUGAUUAUUACGAAAAUUGGAAGAAAUUUGUUUCCAAUAUUGGAAUUUGCAUUCAAAGGGCUCUGCGAGCACUUGAACUACAAAAUCGGUGUCACAAUGGAGCCAAUUUCCUAUCAAAAGCUAAAGUUUACCGCGGGACGGUGGGAAUCGCUGGAUAUUCAGGAAGAAAUGGUUCAACCGAAUGAGGUGUUCCUAAUGAAAAGUGGCCGAGAACUCCUCCAACGAGGCCUGAAACUGGAAAAGCUGAAACUCACCAACUCAAAGGAUGCCCUCCAGAAAAGUGAUCAGAUGAUUCGCGUGCAGUCAAUGCGUCAGUACAUGCCAGUGCUCAACAUUUACGAAAUUUCCCCUGUCGGUGCACACAAUCAGAUCGGCAAAUUUCAGUUCCCGGAAACCAAAUUUAUUGCCGUUACAGCUUAUCAGAGCGAGCUAGUCAAGCAGCUAAAGGUCCAAAAGAACAAAUUCGCGCAGGGAUUUCGUGAGAGCAUCAAGUCAAAUGCCACGUCAUCAACUAAACGUCCAUUAUCGACAACUUCGUCCAAUUCAUCACCAGACUCUACACUAUCUAUGUCAUCCGAAAAUUUGGGUCACACCACGAAAAAGGGGCGGGGUGGCGGCCAAGAGAUCGGAGUGCUCCUCACAUCUCAAAAUUAUCAGAGUUUUGAUCAGUUUUCGAAUUUUUCUCAAGCUUUCCCGCCAAAUUUUCAGCCAAGCUAUGCCCAGCACUAUCCGAUUCCAGAUUAUCAGCCGAAUUACGCACAAUUUGGGGCGGAAAACUUCUGGAGUUUAAACCCCGCCCCCUAUGAUUUUACUGCUGCUGGGAAUUUUCAAAAUUUUCAAUGGAAUGGCUGAUUUUUUUUAUUUGAAAAGAGAUUUUAUGGAAUAAAUUUUAAAUUUUGUUUA